AAUUCUUUUUGACUGAAUGCUAUUUAGAUUUUUUUUCUUUUAAGUUAAAUUUAAAAACAAAUGAAUCUUGCAUUUAAAAAUAGAUGAGCAGUAUUGUCAGUGAUGUAAAACAGACAGCCAGGAAAGGAUUGAAAGAUAAAGUUGCCCUUGAUUGUAGUAAUCUUCAGAAUUAAAAUCUUUACAAAAUAGUCUUUGGAAAAACACCUUUUUCAGUAACCACAGCAUGAACUGAAACAAUCUGAAGGUGCAGUAACACUUAACAGAGUUAACUUGUGUCUUCAAGAAGCAGCUGCAGAGCCGGAGAAUCCGCCGCCCCACUGAGACAUCCAGAGCAUCACAACGCCAAGAGACAUACAAAGUAUAACAGCACAGCACGUCUGAGUACUGAAUGUGUUUUCGCCGAACUUGCACAGCAACAUCACUGACGCUGCCUGAGUCGCCACAGUUUCCAAGCAGCUGCAGAGCCGGAGAAUCCGCCGCCCCACUGAGACAUCCAGAGCAUCACAACACCAAGAGACAUACAAGAUGGCUGCUGGUGGUAACGCUCGUCCUUUUGAAUACCCUGAAGGAGCUAACGAAAAUCAAAAGGAAAGGAUCAGAGUGAAAACACUGCGUGGCAAGAAAGACACUCUGUUUUAUGAUACAGAUGCUGGAGGUGAAAAAUGCAACCUCAUGUUGUGUAGCAAUCUUGUAAGAGAAUGGCUGAAUGCAAUGAAGGAACAAUAUCCUGAACUCGAGGAAGAGCGACAGGGCGAUACAAUUGUCCUUAAGUGCAAGGAAGGUACCAUAACUUUAAAACCUACUGUAACGGUUGUGGUAACAGGCAAACUGAUGGACAGCUUUGAGGAAGAUUUUCAAAAAAUGAAACGAAUGGCCCUGCCACCCUCCUUAUUAGAGGGAAUGGCCGAAUUGGGCAUAAACAAUACUGGUGUUAUCUCUAGGCCUUUUGAAUACCCUCAAGGAUCUACUGAUCAACAAAAGAAAAGAUUCAGAAAAGAAACACUGCGUAACAAUAAAGACACUCUGCGUCAUGAUACCAAUGCUAAAGGUAAAAUAUGCAACCUCACGUUCUAUAGCACUCAUGCAAUAGAAUGGCUGAAUGCAAUGAAGAAACAAUAUCCUGAAUUUGAGGAAAAACAACAAGACAGUGCAGUCAGCCUCAAGUCCGAUAGGGGUACCAUAACUUUAAAACCUACUGUAACGGUUGUGGUAACAGGCGAACUGAUGGACAGCUUUGAGGAAGAUUUUCAAAAAAUGAAACGAAUGGCCCUGCCACCCUCCUUAUUAGAGGGAAUGGCCGAAUUGGGCAUAAACAAUACUGGUGUUAAAUCUAGGCCUUUUGAAUACCCUCAAGGAUCUACUGAUGAACAAAAGAAAAGAUUCAGAAAAGAAACACUGCGUAACAAUAAAGACACUCUGCGUCAUGAUACCAAUGCUAAAGGUAAAAUAUGCAACCUCACGUUCUAUAGCACUCAUGCAAUAGAAUGGCUGAAUGCAAUGAAGAAACAAUAUCCUGAAUUUGAGGAAAAACAACAAGACAGUGCAGUCAGCCUCAAGUCCGAUAGGGGUACCAUAACUUCAUAUCCUACUGUAACGGUUUUGGUAAGAGGCCAAAUACUAAUGGACAGCUUUAAGAGACAUUUUCCAGCAAUGAAACAAAUGGCCCUGCCACCCUCCUUAUUAGAGACAAUGGUCGAAUUAGACAGUACCAAUACUGGUGUUAUCUCUAGGUCUUUUGAAUACCCUCAAGGAUCUACUGAUCAACAAAAGGAAAGGGUCAGAGAGGAAACACUGCGUGACAAUAAAGACACUCUGUAUCAUGAUACCACUUUGUUAGGUAAAAUAUGCAACCUCACGUUCUAUAGCACUCAUGUAAUAGAAUGGCUGAAUGCAAUGAAGAAACAAUAUCCUGCAUUUAGGGAAAUUCAACGUGGCCAUUUCAUCAACCUCAAGUCCGAUAUGGGGACCAUAACUUUAUACCCUAAAGUAACGGUUGUGGUAGAAGGCCAACUAAUGGAGAGGUUUGAGGACAAUUUUCCACAAAUGAAACAAAUGGCUGGUCUAGUGAGGAAGGCGAGGGAACCGGCCCCAGACUUCCCCCGCCUGAUGAGAAAUAUCCGUCGGAUGAAAAAGUAAGCACAGAAAAAAAGAAGGGAAAAAAACAACAACUACAAAAUGGAUCAUUAUAAAUAACUGAUUAUUUAAGCUUCAUCGUGCCAUUUUAAUUCAUGAACAGGUAUCUGGGUUGUAAAAUCAAUUACAUAUUCUUUUCUGAUUUGUAAGGGGCCGUUCACAUGCCGCGAUUUUUGUGCACUCAAAAUUGAGAGCGACGCCAUGCAAGCGUUUCAAAGCACUUAUUUUUGAGUGUGCGACGGCUGCGCCCCGAGAUACAAAAAAAAA